AUUAUAGGACGUUUUCGUCGUUGAAUAAAUUCCUAAAAAUAUUGCAUUUUGUUUACGUUAUUUUACUUAAUCUAAACAUGUUUUUCUGCAGAUGUUAAGAAAUAAGCUUUAUUAGAUUAUUAUCUAUCAAGAUGACCACAAAAUGCAACUUAUUUUCGAUAGUGUCAAAUACCCUAUUUGUAAAAUUGAACCAAUAAACGGUCUAUGGUUUACGGAAAAAUCUACCAAAAACAAGGUCUACGGUUUAGUGCCAUAUUUGUGUAUUGUAUUAGUAUUGGAGGCGUUAUCUUUAGUUGUAUAGUUGAUCGAAGGUAAUAGGGUAAUUUCAGUAGUGAAAAAUAAAUAAAAAAAAGUACAAACUCACGAUUUACUUUGAAAUAAAAAUAUACUUGGGGGGCCGUAGCCGUAGAUAGUACGGUGAUUCGACACUUCAGAAAUAGUAUUAAAAAAUACAACAUGGUAUUUAAAAUAACUGAGGGACACUUCCACCCAAGAAGUUUAGAUGUCUUUUAAAUCAUCUUUUUUUGCUUCCACCAGACAAAAGAGUUUAUUAAAAUGUGAAUACCUACCUAGUAAAACUUUUUGAAAAUCUUUGUUUCCAAAUUGAAAUAUUAUUUUUUUAUUAACGCGCAAUAUCUGACAUACAAAUGCCAAUUUUUUUUCUAUUGUCAAUUUUGAAAAUUAUGUGAGACUUGUUUUUAAUUACAAAAAUGAAUAGAAUUUUAUUAAAUAAAGUUCUUUGUAUUAACAAAUAUGGUAUCAUCAAAACACCGUUCAUUUCAAAACGUGGUUUUGCAAAAGAAGUACGAUUUGGUCCUGAUGUUAGAUCACUCAUGUUACAAGGUGUUGAUAUUCUAGCAGACGCUGUAGCCGUAACAAUGGGUCCAAAAGGUCGUACAGUAAUUUUAGAACAAUCUUUUGGACCUCCAAAAAUUACAAAGGAUGGAGUAACAGUUGCCAAAGGUAUAGAAUUAAAAGAUAAAUUUCAAAAUAUAGGUGCUAAAUUAGUCCAAAACGUUGCUAAUAAAACUAACGAAGAAGCUGGUGAUGGAACUACAACGGCAACAGUUUUGGCACGAGCUAUUGCUAAAGAAGGGUUUGAAAGAAUAUCUAAAGGAGCAAAUCCUAUAGAAAUUAGAAAAGGUGUAAUGUUAGCAGUAGAAGCAGUUAAAGAAAAUUUGAAAGCUAUAUCUAAGCCAGUGAGUACUUCUGAAGAAAUAGAACAAGUCGCGACUAUAUCUGCAAAUGGAGAUCGAUCUAUAGGUAAACUAAUAGCAAGAGCGAUGAAUAAAGUUGGUAAGGAUGGUGUAAUCACUGUUAAGGAUGGCAAAACUUUGUUUGAUGAAAUGGAAAUAAUUGACGGUAUGAAAUUCGAUCGUGGAUAUGUCUCGCCGUACUUUAUUAAUUCCACCAAAGGUCCAAAAGUGGAAUACAACGAUGCAUUGGUUUUAUUUUCUCAAAAGAAAAUUUUUACUGCCCAGCAGCUGAUACCAGCCUUAGAAAUAGCUAAUUCCCAAAAGAAACCUUUGGUUAUUAUAGCAGAAGAUUAUGACGGUGAACCAUUGUCAGUUCUUAUAGUCAACAAAUUAAAAAUUGGCCUUCCUGUAGUUGCAGUAAAAGCUCCUGGCUUUGGAGAUUUUAGAAAAAAUGUAUUGAUGGACAUGGCUAUUGCUACUGGAGGGGUGGUUUUUGAAGACGAUCCCAAUUUAAUUAGACUCGAGGAUUGUAGAUUGGAAAGUCUCGGAAAAGUUAAUGAAGUAGUAGUAACUAAAGAUUCAACACUUUUGCUUAAAGGUCAUGGUAAUGAAGAUGACAUUAAUAAACGCAUAGAAGAAAUCAAAGAAGAAUUACAAUCUACUUCUGGUGAUUAUGAUAAAUUACGACUUUUAGAACGUAUGGCUCGCUUAAGAAAUGGCGUAGCUGUCUUGGAAAUUGGAGGAUGCAGUGAAGUUGAAGUUAAUGAAAAAAAAGAUCGUGUUAAUGACGCUUUAAAUGCUACGAAAGCUGCAGUCGAAGAGGGCAUCGUGCCAGGCGGUGGAGCGGCACUUAUUCGUUGUAUUCCAAUUUUGGACAAAUUAAAACCUUCUAAUCCUGACCAGGCUAUUGGAAUAACUAUUGUUAAAGAAGCACUUCGCACACCCUGCUUAACGAUUGCCAAUAAUGCUGGUUUAGAUGGAUCUGUAGUAGUGUCUAGAGUAGAAGAUAUGGAAGAUAACUAUGGAUAUGAUGCCAUAAAUAAUGAAUUUGUAAACAUGAUAGAAAAAGGAAUAAUUGAUCCUACAAAAGUAGUACGGAGGGCUUUGACGGAUGCUAGCGGAGUAGCAUCGUUAUUGACUACGGCUGAAGCUGUGAUUUGUGAUUUACCAAAAAUCAAAGAAACCUUAUCCGAAGUUCCGAAAGGUAUAGAUUAUUAAUGUAAAUUUUUAAAUUUACUUCCUUUAUGUUAUAGGCUUAUAAGGUGUUUCUUGUAUACCAUGUUUGACUGUCUGUUUUAUCUGAAAAGACAUAGUGUUUAUUUCUGUUAACAAAUAUAUUUUUAUAACAAUUUCAUUAGCUAUUAUUUCUGCGGCAUAAAUUACACAUAAAUUUUUAUACCACCUGUAUAGUUUUGCCUUUGUU